UUUUCACUGAAGACUAUACAUAUAAAAUGUCAAGACGUAAACUUUCUAAACGAUUCGGUGCAGAGAUGCGAGUUUGUGAAUUCGGUGGCCGACUGUUCCGACACCGACGGACUCGUCAGUUAUGUAAACCUAACCUAUUGUAUGAUUGGAAACCCGAUAUACGGGGUUAUCGUACUCUUCCUAUGGCUACUCGUCUUAUUUACCGGUUUAGGCGUAACCGCAGAUGAUUUUCUAUGUCCGGCGCUAUUAGUUAUAUCGAGAACAUUAAGGCUUUCACAUAAUAUAGCCGGGGUCACAUUCUUAGCCUUUGGAAACGGAGCGCCCGAUAUAUUUUCAUCCAUCGCUGGCAUACGACAGGCCAACCCGGAGCUGGUGGUCGGCGAACUA